AUGGAGGCUGGACUUGGGGGGGGCUCGUCUAACGCUGCGACCUUGCUGCAUGCCGCCGAUGUUCUCCUCACAAAGGGUCACUUCUCGCAGGAACCACAGCAGAAGGAGGCGUUGUCAAGCAGCUGCGUGCAUGAAGGCGCACAGCCUCCAGGUUCACCGUCAUUCGUCCCAUCACCUGAAAUUCGAUUCAGCUCUCCGGGCAUGGCCUCCCUUAUCUCGCUGCAACUUGGUGCAGAUGUGCCGUUCUUCCUGAACAGCGACGGCGCCGCCAUCUGCCUCGGACGUGGUGAACAGGUGCGUUGCUGCUCCCAACGUAUGCCAGUGCUCCUACAGCGAGCCUUCACACAGCAGCAAGAUCACCCCUUGCAGCGGCCGAUCCUGCAAGGGCAGCCUCCCCUGCAAGUUUUCGUUUUGAAGGGAAGUCAGGGGUUGUCUACCAAGUCCGUCUUCGAGUACUAUGACAAUGCGGUCAGCAGCAACGGCAACAACGACAACAACAGUCGAGAGGAGGACAGAGAUAUCAGCACUAUCGUUCAGUGGCUAACGGAGGAGCACACCUCCAGCCAUCCGACGACAAAUGCCGUUGCCGCGGCUCCCACACCCGAGCCUCCGGAGGCCGUAAUACAGGCUUUCAGGCGUUGUGCACUCUCUAAUGAUUUGUUGAGUGCAGCCACUAGGCUUCAGCCCCAAGUGGCCGCUGUGGCGACAGCCUUGCGCAGUAUGACAGCUCCCGCAGCGGGGCAGCAGCAGGCGCGACAGCGGCUGGUGCUACAGGCGAGCGGUCUGACAGGUAGCGGUGCGGCGUUAGUGGGAAUAGGCAAAGGGGAUGCGGCUGCAGCCGAGGUAGGUGCCACUGCUGCUGCCCUGGGAGUGCGCGCCUACAAGUGCACACCUCUGUACAAACGGCCGCUGUCCUGCAUGCCGGUGUCUCUAGAGCCAAAUGCUGAUGCUGAUACACAGGAGCAGGUGCAGCACCUGUGGUUUGCGCCGGAGGACCUAGCUGAGCGGUUGCAGUAG